GUGCCUAUCUAAGACUGUUGUUCUUCAUCUCAGUGCGUAGCCUUACCUUCUUACUUUGCAUAUUCCAUAUAAUUUUGCAAUGACUUACCACAUGAUUCUAUAAUUAGGAUCAUGCUUAAUCAUGAGAUUCCGAUUCAUCCUCUCAUACGUCGACUACCACAAAUCCCCUUCGUUGCCUCCUACGGUUUUGCGCUUCCAACAAAAUCUGAAACAGAGAGCGGAGGGGGAAAAAAGGACACCUCUCCCCUGCCCUCUCUUUUCCUCCCCCAUUCCAACGAAAACAAUGGCGCCAAGCAAAAUCCAGAAGGCAAUAGGCUCAGUCAAGGACCAAACAAGUAUCGGCCUGGCCAAGGUAAGCAACACAGGCUCCUCCAUCUCCGACCUCGAGGUUGCCAUCGUCAAGGCCACCCGUCACGACGAGUACCCGGCUGAGGAGCGCCACAUACAACAAAUCCUGAGCCUGACGAGCUACGCACACAGGUACAUCAGCCAGUGCGUGUGCUUUCUCUCCCGCCGCCUGAGCCGGACCCGAAGCUGGACAGUUGCCCUCAAGACCCUAAUCCUCGUCCACCGCCUCCUCUGGGAUGGCGAUGCUGCCUACGAGCAGGAGAUCUUCUUCGCAACGAGGCGAGGGACGAGGAUGCUGAACCUGUCAGAGUUUAGGGACACGUCGAGGUUGGACGCAUGGGAUUUCUCGGCAUUUGUGAGGACCUAUGGGAGGUAUUUGGAUGAGAUGCUGGAGUUUAGGAUGCAUGGAAAGAGGGGGAGGGGGAGGAGUAGGAGCAGGAGUCAGGAAAUGCAUGGGGAGACUUUGGUCAUGGAUGAGGAGGGGAGGGAGAUAGAGAAGGCCAUGAUGGCGGUUCGCAAGAUUCCCGAGACGCAGUUGAAAGAUAUGAGGACGGAGAAGAUCUUUACCUGGACUCAUCAUCUGCAGCAGCUGCUUGAUCGAUUUCUUGCUUGCAGACCCACCGGUUCCGCUAAGAACAAUCGCAUUGUAACGGUAGCCCUCCAUCCCUUGCUACGAGAGAGCUACCAGCUGUACUACGACCUUCAAGAAGCAAUUGACAUCUUCUUGGACCGGUUCAUGGAACUUGAGAUCCGUGAUUGCGUCCGAAUCCAAGAAAUCUUCAGCCGUCUCUCCAAGCAAUUUGACGAGCUCGACCGCUUCUAUUCAUGGUGCAAGUCCUCCGGAAUCUCCCGUUCCUCAGAGCUUCCCAACAUUGAGAAAAUCACCCAGAAGAAGCUUGACGUCAUGGAUGAGUUCCUCCGUGAUCGAUCCAACCUCAGCAAGAAACCUUUCAAGAACUUGGAACAGCUAACUAACGAGGAAGAUGAAGCCCGAAGAAGAGCAGAAGAACUCGCCCGUCAGUCUUCGGUCAAGGCAUUGCCAGAGCCCGAACCCGAACUGGAGCUGAAGCAAGAAGAAGUUGUGGCAGAGGAGGAAGAAGUAUCAGGACCUCUAGCUAUCGUCACGGUUGAAGAAGAAGUAGAUUUCUUGAAUAUGAGAGACGAUGCUGUGACUGUCGAAGACCGUGGUGAUGACCUUGCACUUGCAUUGUUCGAGGGACACACAGCACCGACGACAUCGGCACCUGUUUGGGAAGCGUUCACCGACGACACGGCGGAUUGGGAGACCGCGCUCGUGCAGUCAGCGAGCAACCUCUCAGGCCAAAAAGCUGUUCUCGGCGGCGGAUUCGACCUUCUGUUGCUUGAUGGAAUGUACAGCCAGCCUCCUAACAGGACGAUGAUGGGCUUUUGGGAAGGCGCAGGGAGUGCGAGCAGUGUCGCGUUGCCGAAGGCCACACCGAUGCUUGCACUGCCAGCGCCUCCGACAGCAAGCGGAGGAGGGGAGGUUACAGGCGGAGACCCGUUUACAGCAUCGCUAUCAGUACCGGCCCCAUCGUACGUGCAGAUGGCGGAGAUGGAGAGGAAGCAGAGUUUUCUAUGGGAGGAGCAGGCGAUGUGGCAGCAGUAUGCUGCGAAUGGGAUGCAGGGACAGGUAAGCUUGCAGCAAACGCAGCAUUAUGGCAUGUAUCCUGGUGGUGGUUACUAUCAGAGUUUUUGAGUACCGUGUGUAUCUGCUGCAAUGUUUCCAGUGAGAAGGGCGCAUAAUUGCAAAACCAAGAUAAUAAUGUGAAGCCAAUCGUCCAUGCUUGUGCUCAUCCAGUGUAAAUAAUCUCCAGUGCAAAUAUGUCUAACAUAAGACUCAAGCUAUACCUUAUAUAUAUUGUGGAUCUUUGUUAUUGAUUGCAUCCUUCACUAUGCAAUAUGUACUGAGGUUCAUAUUGGCAGCGUUCGAAUUUGCCUGCGAUAUGUGAUACAGCGCUAUUCUUUGUACCACCAAACACUGUACAUAUUGGUUGUAUCGUUAACUUCGGUGGCAAAUGGAUCACAU